AUCAAACAAAACAGUUUCAGUCUCAAACCGUCACGAAAACACAUUCGCGAACUCUCUUCUCUUAAACCCUUUGGUUGUUUUUAACAUUUAUUUAUUUAAAAAGAUAAAUAUGAGUAGUAGUAGGCCCGAGAAGUAGAGAAGAUACGUGGCAAUCCCAAAUUGAACGAAAUAAGAACACCAAUCCAAUUCUGGCAGACAAGAAAGAAUCCAUUUCUUGCUCUCUUUAUUAGGGUUUCUUCCUUCCUUCCUUCCUUUCUUUGAUUAUUAUUAUUAUUAUAAUUCAAUUGAGUUGAGUUGAGAUCCAUAUGGACGUGGCAUCCCGAUCACCGGUGAUUCCCUCUGUCUUCUUAGGAAGACCUACCAACGUUCUUCCAUUUGCUUCUAAUUUGCGGUUCUCCUCUAAGCAAUUCAAUUCUGUAUCUAUCCUAUCAAGUAGAAGAAGAGGGUUAGUAGUAGUUAGAGCAACAUCUUCCUCCUCCUCCUCCUCACAAGACUCUUCUCACAACAAUAUUGCACCUCUUCAGCUCCACUCACCAAUCGGACAGUUUCUUUCUCAGAUUUUGACAAAUCACCCCCAUCUUCUCCCUGCCGCCGUUGACCAGCAGCUUCACCAGCUCCAAUCUGAUCAUGACGCUGAUCAACAAAAUCAAGAUCCUCCUUCUACAACCGCCACUGAUCUUGUUUUGUACAGGAGAAUUGCUGAGGUGAAGGCUAAUGAAAGGAGAAAAGCUUUGGAAGAGAUCUUGUACACAUUGGUUGUUCAAAAGUUCAUGGAUGCUAAUAUUUCUUUGAUACCCUCUAUAACCCCAGAUCCAUCUGGUAGAGUUGAUUCAUGGCCAAAUGAAUAUGGUAAACUUGAGCAGCUUCACUCAACCGAAGCAUAUGAGAUGAUCCAAAAUCACUUGGCUCUCAUUCUGGGUAACAGAGCAGGAGAUUUAACAUCUGUUGCACAAAUCAGCAAACUGAGGGUAGGGCAGGUCUAUGCAGCAUCAGUGAUGUACGGUUACUUUCUUAAGCGGGUCGACCAAAGAUUCCAGCUGGAGAAGUCAAUUAAAAUUCUUCCAAAUUCAGCUGAAGAGAGUAGUGUUCAUCAAACUAUCAUAAACGAUGCAAGACCUCACAGUGAAGUGGACACUUCUCAAGUGAAAUCUCAUCCUGAAGUAUCUACCUGGCUUGGUGGUGACGUAAGCCCUGGUGGAUUUGGAUCUGGUAUUAAGCCAACCAGAUUGCGUAACUAUGUGAUGUCCUUUGACGGUGAUACCCUCCAGAGAUAUGCAACAAUAAGGUCUAAGGAAGCUGUGAGCAUCAUUGAGAAGCACACUGAGGCAUUGUUUGGAAGACCUGAAAUGGUUAUUACACCUGAGGGGGCGAUUGAUCGUUCUAAGGAUGAAAACAUCAAAAUUAGCUUUGGUGGUUUAAAGAGACUUGUUUUAGAGGCUGUGACUUUUGGUUGUUUUCUCUGGGAUGUUGAGAGCUACGUGGAAUCAAGGUAUCAAUUUGUCUUUAAUUGAGUUCUGCAUGUUCCCUUAUGUCCCAAGGUAUUGUUUUAGUGUGUUAGUAGUACUGACCAAUAGAAUGUAAGCUAAUGUAAUGUAACUUGCCGUUAAGGGUCCAACUAUUGUUAAUGAAUUGAUCUGUAUAGACUAUAUAGUGAUUGUGGCUAGAUUUAACCAAAGAAGGGAAAGUUAAUUUCGUGUUAGAGCUCUGCU